AUGGUCAGACUGAGAAAGCUUUUAUCGUAUUCCGUUGUUCAGCCGCGAGCCUUCGCUCUCUUCCAAGCCGGGAAAGACAUCUGUCGUGGCACCUUGAAGGUCAAAUGGAUCCUCAAGUCUCUCAAUGACUGCAGAGAUCUUGGGUUAAGCCAGGAAUGGCUGGACCGGUAUGAAGGAGCUAAGAUCAAGUACCUGGUUUGCGCGCAGGUCGUCUUGCCCGAGGGACCGGUAUCCGGCAAGUUCGAGGUCGGGGAUAUCUUGCUAGAACUUGAUGGCCACCUCGUCAAGAGCCUCCUCCAAGUGGAGACAUACAUGGACGAUCAUGUCUUUGAAAGCGUCACGCUCACGUGCUGGGGCGCCAAGGGCCAGUUCACUGUUGAGUCCGAAAUUGAGGACUUGCACGCCUUCUCUGCCACCUACCUUCUAUUGGCCCACGGAACGAUGUUCCACAACUUGACCUUUCCGAUGGCCAUCUGUUACAACUUGCCUGCACGGGGCUCCGUCGAUGGCAGGCCCAUCACGGAUACGACCCAGCUAAAGGCGAUUAUGGACCGAAUCUGGAGCUCAAGAGACAAGCCCUUCAUUUGCAUCUCGCAGGAGAAGCUGAGAAACCCUGGCAACGCGGAACCCGUUUCGGGAUAUCUCCUCCAAGCCAUCGAUCAAGUGUCAUGCGACAUGACUAGAGAGCCUCACCAGGGAGGAUCAUGGGCCAUCACCUCCAUGUCGCUUCCGAAAUCUACCUCAUCGCCCUUCGGCAAAACAGGCCGAGAGCAGUCUACCCUGUGGAAAGAUGCUGGUAGCAAGGAAGAGUUGGAGACUCGACCCGACCGUCUCUCGUCCCUCCAACUAGCCGACUCCGACACCCCUCACAAGAUCGUCAAGAUAUUCUCGUCGUUUACCCUUUUGAACUCCCAUCGCGACAUUUGCAUUGACGGCGACUCCAAGUCAAACAGGCUUGUUGGCGUCAUGUUUGAUGUCGAAAAAGGCCUUGUGUUCACGUCCCGGGAUAACUUGAACCUGCUCGACGAAGUCGUGAUGACAGUGGAAGGUGGCCAGGACGUGGCAGCAAGUGAGCUCGAGCGGCUCCAGACACGCACCAACUUGAAGCUGAUCGGGAGCGGCCUCGUCGUGAUAAAGGCGCUGUGGUCGGCCGGCUGGACCGCAUCGACAGCGCGACCUCGGGACACCGUGUCUUCGACGAGAUCGACGGCUUCCUCGAGAACGUAA